AUGGAUCGAGGGGGCGUGCUACAUGCUGCAAAAGCAUGCCAAUGAGGAGAUCAGAGGUCACAUCGACUACCUGGUCAAUCUCAUUGAAAAGGCUCAGCAGCCGGAUGGCUAUCUCAACAUUCACUUCGUCGUCAACGAGCCGGACAAGAGGUGGUCCAAUUUGCGAGACUUGCACGAGCUCUACAACGGCGGCCACCUCAUCGAAGCGUCCCUAGCUCAUCACCAGUUCACGGCCUCGCGCCAAUUCCUCGACAUCGCUCUCCGCUUCGUCCACUAUUGCGCCAGCGUAUUUGGGCCAGAGCAGGAUGGCAAGAUGCCCGGCUACCCCGGUCAUCCAGAGAUCGAGCUAGCUCUGCUUCGCCUUUACCGCAGGACGCAAGACCGCACUGCUCUUGAGCUCGCCACCUUCUUCAUUACCGAGCGCGGCAAGAAUGGUGCAGAGUACUAUGUCAAAGAGCAAGCAAAGCGCGGCGAGCAUCCGCAGCUCGCGCCUGGAGCCAUGCCCCAUUACGGCGCGUACUGGUACAUGCAAGCGCACAUGCCAAUCAAGGAUCAGCAGACCAUCGAGGGGCACGCGGUUCGAGCGGGCUACCUCUUGACAGGCGUCGCCGAUCUCGUUCUCGCGGAGGAGAGCGGGCUCUGCGCGGAGCAUCGUAAAGCUCCCAACUCCGCCGUCUUUCGUCUCUGGGACGACAUGGUCAUGCGCAAGAUGUACAUCACGGGAGGCAUAGGCAGCGUAGAUCAAUGGGAAGGCUUUUCGUCGCUCCCAUACUCGCUGCCCAAUAGCAACGACGAAGGUGGCUGCUAUGCCGAGACAUGCGCCGGCAUUUCUGUCAUCAUGGUUGCGGAACGACUGCUGGCAUUGAAGCUUGACUCUCAUCUCGCCGAGGUGGCAGAGCGAGCUCUCUACAAUGCUAGCGUCACGUCAGGCAUAUCUGUCGAUGGAAGAAGCUUCAUGUACGUCAAUCAACUGGCAAGCAGUCCUCAGCAAGCCUGUAGCCGCUUCGACUGGUUCGACUGCGCCUGCUGCCCUCCGAACGUGCUGCGCACCCUAGGCGUACUGGGCGGCUUCUUCUGGUCGGUCAGCGGCGACCACACGGCUCUCGCCAUCCAUCAGUACUUUGACGGCGCCAUCGAGCUUCCAAAUGGCGCCGCAAAGCUUGUGAUUAAGACACAAUACCCAUGGCAUGGGCGCAUUGAGGUAUUUGUCGACCCUGGAACUUCAAUGAAGGUACUGUUACGUGUGCCCGGCUGGGCAGUCAACAGCGCUUGGUAUGCUUUUGAGCCUGCUCGACAUCGCCUUGUCAAUGGAUAUAUCGUGCUUUCGCCUGGCAACAACGUGCUCACCCUCGAAAUGCAGCCGCGCUUGGCUCGUUGCCACCCUGAUACAAUGCAAGAUACGGUAACGCUCCUGCGCGGACCUCUCGUUUACUGUCUCGAAGACGCGGACAAUCCGUGGGCCAAGAACCACUUCAAGGAGCUGUGCAUCUCCGCUGAUACUGACAUGGCCUCCGUGAAGGAGGUGUGGGAGGAUGGCGUCCUCAAGUUGCCCCUUCCGAAAGCAGGCUACCAUUUGCGAACGCCUCGAGGCGAAGCUGCCACGCAUCUUUACGCCGGAGCGAAUGAAGUCGCCAACACGCCACACUCCAAGGCGUACGAAGAAGCUGAAGGUCAAGGCCGAGACCUCGUCUUCAUCCCCUUCUUCUACCGUGCCAAUCGCAAGAAGCAGGACGUACAGGUCCGGACGUCAUUCAGACGCAAGGCUUGAGUGAGCUUGCCGUGGAAGAACAAAGAGGCACUGGGGAUCCACACACCGGCAAUCGAAUGCUAUUCAGCCGAACGAAGCUUCUGACGUCGUGAUCGCCGAGGCUCCCACGCCUGGGCUCAAGAAAGGCUGCGGCGUCUGACACCAUGGCCAGAUCCAACUUACCUUCUUUCCUCUCGAACCAAUCCCCGCCUCCCGGACCUGAUCGACCCUGAUGCGGCGCGAACCCAAUUUUGCCUCGUGGAACCCCUUCGGCAAAGUUGGGCUGCCUCGGAGACGUCAGGCCCUGCAUCGACGACGUCGAGAGCAACUCUAUGUGCGAAG